AAUCACCAAAUUCACCAAAACCAUCAGAACCAGCAACAACAGCAGUAUCUGCAGAUACCACUCGGAAAGUCCGAGUUUGAGCUCACGGAGUAUGAUCUCAAGUCGCGCGACUCGAAGUACCGUAGAUGGACGCCUAAGAUGGACCAGUUUCUCAUCAAGUUGCUUUCAGAUGUGGUGCACAGCUAUCCCAAGGGAGCUGAGGCAGAGAUGACGAAAAAGGCAUGGGCCUAUGUCACGGGCCAGUUGCGUGCAGCCAACCCAGAAACAGUCUAUUCCACUUAUACCAAAUACUCGUGCCAGCAGCAUUUGCUCAAUGUGAAUCAUCACCGAUAUAAGAUUUGGUACUACUUGAUGCUUCACCAGAAAAACGCACCUGCUACCAGUUACGCAUACCGGUGGAAUCCAGAAUUGGGCCGGUUCCAAGUUAUCGACAAUGCUAACAGUACGUUGAUUCUUGAUGAAAGACAAGUCAAGUCGUUGUUGUAUAGCGAUUCGCUUCUGCUUCCACAUCUCCAGUCGUUUAACAAAGGCAACUUGAUUGUUAACGACUUCUUCUUGAGCGACAACUUGCGCUACAUGUCAGUUUACCAUAAUGAGGUUUUGCCGUUGCUCAUCAGGCUAGAUCCCAAGUACGCUGAAGGGUUGGGAGAUCUUUACGCGGACAUCCCCAAGUUCGACUACCAGGAAGCCAGUCUUGAGUACUUCAAGCCUUUGGUUCCAGCCAGAGCUCACAAGAUGGCACCCGUGCAACAGUCUGUUGUCAAGAAGAGAACCCAUUCGGAUAUACCUUCUGAUAUUUCGCUUCCAUUUUCCAAGUCUCUCGGCUCAUUGACGGAUGAUACCGAUCCAGACGUCAGUGGACAGCAACAACUGGUCCCAGACGAAGACUCAGUAGAUCCAGCUCUCAAAAGGUCUAGAAACUCACUCCAAGACACAACGUCCAACACAAUGGAUUUCGAGAAUGCUUUGGCAACUGCAGCCAUCGCAGCCAUCAACUCUCCACCUGUAACUAAUGGAAGAGACUCACUUCCUUUCUACAUCAAGGACCGGAAGUGGUUCAACAGAUUGCUCAAUCUCCACGAGUCGGGUCUCAUAGGUGUACAGGAAGUGCUUACCGUCUGUGAAGGUGUCAGAGACGGCAAGAUCCCCUUGUUCAUGCUCAAUGUUCUAGACCAAUCGUACUACCCUACUCGAAACAAUACCGGUUUGUCUGAAGAGUUGCCUGAUGAUGAGACUGCUAAAAGAAUCAGAGAGUUCAUGCUACCAAUGGUAUAUAAUUCGUGA